AGUGACGCGCUUCGCAUAUCGAACGUCGGUUGUGAACACCACUGUUAUAAAAAUUGCUCCAGCAAAUUGUUAGUAAAAUGGCUCCAACAAGGUCCAAGGGUGAAAAAAGAGGGCAAUUGUGGACUGAAGGAGGCUUGCAAGCAGCAAUGAAUGCUGUUCAAAGAGGCCAAUUGUCUCAGCGUGCUGCAGCUUCCAGGCAUAAUAUUCCGCGAAGAACAUUGAGGGAUCAUUUAAAAAGAAAACACCAAGAAAAUGACCUCGUAGAACGAAUAAAAAGAUUCGCUAAAAUUGGUGUACCCCUCACGCCAAAAUUCAUAAGGAAACAAGCAUAUAUGUUUUGUGAAACAUACAAAAUAAAAAAUAAUUUUAAUAAUUCCAAAAGAAUUGCUGGUACUGAUUGGUUGAGAUACUUUUUAAAGCGGAAUCCCUCAAUUAGCAAACGAAAGCCCCAAAUAAUGAAUCCAGCUCGUGCACAGAAAUUGAACAAACCAAUUGUUCAGCAACAUUUUCAGAGUGUGCAAAAAUUGUACAAUGAGAUGGAUAUUCUACAACAUCCACAAAAAUUGUACAAUAUGGAUGAAAAAGGAUGCCGGAUAACUGUACACAAGCAGAACACAGUUUUAGCAGAGAAAGGAAGCAAAAGAGUUCAUCUCAUUGCCCCUGAACAUGCGGAAAAUGUUACGAUAGCAAUGUGCGUGAAUGCCAUUGGUACUGCGAUACCACCUAUGAUCCUAUUUAAAGGAAAAAGACAGAGGCCUGAUCUAUGUGAAAACUUACCAGCAGGGACGUUAGUCAGGAUGGCACCGAAAGGCAGUAUGACUGCUGAUUUGUUUUUGGAGUUCAUUAAGCACCUAGCGAAAUACAAGGUUGCUGGAAAAUGCUUACUUAUAUUUGAUGGUGCCAAAUGUCACUUGUCAAUCGAAGUUCUAGAUGAAGCUGAUAAAAAUAACAUAGUUUUGUAUUGCCUCCCUUCCAAUACAACGCACGAGCUUCAGCCCUUAGACAAAUCAGUCAAUAAGUCGUAUGAACACCACUGGGAUGAAGCAGUUCUGAACUUCUUAUACACAAACCCUGAUAGAACAAUGUCAAAAACCACGUUUAAUAGGAUAUUUAGUCAAGUAUGGCCCAAAUGCAUUACGCAUAGCAACAUUGUAAAUGGAUUUGCGGCAACAGGACUAUUUCCGUUUAAUCCAGAAGCUAUACCGGAGGAAGCAUAUGCCCCGUCAGUUUUGUCUGAAAUUGCAUGCCCACAAACUAGCGUGGAGCCCAUUCAAAGUCCUAUAUCUGGCGUCAUAUUAAACGAUGACACUGAUGACGAUCUACCAAUUUGUGAUUGGCUCCUGCAGAACUCUACAUCUGAUGUAUUGGAGUUAGACGAAUACCCUGGCCUUAACCAACCAACUGAUUUGGGACCAAUCGUCCCUUCAACAACUGAAAACUUUCCUAGAGUUAAACGCCGUCUUGUUGACUAUAGCUCGUCACCCGAUGUUUCUGACUUAGAAAUGUUAGAAAAUCCACAUGGAACAGCAACACAGGUGGGAGAACACUGUGCUUCACCCUCUUUAAUUCCAGAAAAUGACGUUUUAUUGGUAAGUGCGAAUGACGAACCACUUCUAGACAAUGAGGAUAAUUAUAAAAUAGAUUUGGGAGUUCCAAGUUGUUCGGGAUUACAUAGAGCUAUUCGUCCAAGCUCGAGUUCUGACUCCACAAUUUCUGAUUAGAUACUUUAGUUCAUAUGACUCCCUUUAAAAAAUGCGCAGCUGAAGACGUAUAUAGUUACUCGUCAGCCGAAGAUGAUGAAAGUCAGUAUUUUAUAUCUAAAGGGCAAAUAACACCUAAGAAACUUAUUAUUAGUUCCUCAUAUGAAAUGUACAAAACAAAUGCUGAGAACUUCAGUGUCUCAGAUGGAGAUUAUAAUAUUAAUUUAAAGAAACAAAGUAAUAAGACACCAUUCCAAAUUUUUUUGCCAACUCCCAAUUAUGCACAAGUUAAAACAAAAGGACAGCGUAAAAAAGCGAUGAACUAUAAAGGUCAAAGAAUAACUAAGGAUCUAUUUUCAGAAAAAAGUGAGAAACAACAAAAAAAUAAAAUAAAUAGCAAGGUUGAUGCUAAAACAAAUAAACAACAGAAGAAGAAUACAUUAGAUAAGAAAAAUCCUAACACCAAUGAAGUAAACACUAAGAAAAAAGUUUUAAAGUGUAAAGAUAUAACGAAAAAACAACAGAGAAAAAAGAAGCAAAUAAAUGAAGGAAAAGAUGAUACCGAAGAGUGGUACUGCUAUGCAUGUUUUGAAAAUAAGAAGUUAGAUAUGCGUCAAUGUGGAAUUUGUAAAAGAUGGUACCACGAAGAGUGUGUAGGACUAUCAAAAUGUGAUAAAGAAUUUAUUUGUUCCGAGUGUUAAUCUAGUUUAUACUAUUUAAUGACUUUAAGAUAGAGCAAGUUAACUGUUCGGUUUGAUAUUCAAAGACUGAUUGAUAUUGUAUCAUACUAUAGUUUAAAAAAUGGUUUGUUUGUAAUUGACAGUAGUCCUCUAUUUUUUAUGUAACUGUGAUAAUUACCUGAUCUCAUUAUAAUUAUAAAACAUUAGUUUGUGAAGUAACUCUCAUUACGAAUGGUCUAUAUUACCUAGCUCUAGGGCGAUAUUACCUACUAUAGUACAGGGCGCAAUAACCCACCAUCGUAUAAUAACGCCCACUAAACCAAAAAAAAAAAAUGUUUCUUUUUUAAACUUAUUUAAAGCUAUUAUGCUAGUAAUUAUUACUAAUUUAAAUGUAGCAUCGAUUUUUUUUUAAUAAUGAUGAUUAAAAAGAAUUUACAAGUAAUGUUACAUGUGGUGCGAAGUUUAUUAUUUUUUAUGUUUAUUGUUGAUUAUUUACCUACAUUUUGUAUUCUUAUCAGAAAAAAUAUAAGUAACAUCCGAAU